UGAAAGAGAAGACGAGUGGCACUGAGAACUGAGAAAACACAGGAGAGAGAGAGAGAUCAACGAAGGAUGAACCAAAUGCAGGCCGGCCACGCAAUCUUUGGCGCCGUAUACGGUGGCAGCUUAGAACGUCCGCCGCUGCAUUUGCGCCACUGAAAAAGAUGAACGUUGACGAGGAGGAGCUACCUGAGUUAAUCCCCUAAUUUUCACCUGAAUUUUCUUAUUAUUUACCAAAUUAAUCUGUGAAUCUUAAAACGUUUCUCUCAUGAAGAGAGAGAGAGAGAAUCAGUGGUGAGGAUGAAGGGAUGGAGAUGAGUCAUUGGAUCUUUCCCUAUUUUUCUGGAUUUUAUCCAAAGCAUUUCUAAAUAUGGCUUCUUCUCUUCCCUUAUCUCAGGUUGCCCGCAAGGUGUUUGUUAAUUUCUCCCAAACAGCUCUUCCUUCCUCUCUAUCUAUAUAUAUCCAUAUCCACCCCUUUUUUUGUGCGUGUUCGUUUUUGUUCCUACAAUCCUGGCUGCUUAUUAGUUAUUUCUUCAUUCCUUUCCAUAAAGUAACCCCCCAUUUCCAAGAUUCUUCUGGGUUUUGGUUCUCCGAUCUGAUUCUUUUGUCACUUGUUUGAAUCAUAUUACUACUUCACUUGGGAAUCCAAUCUAGAAACCCGUCCAUAAUCUAAGGUGGCUUGUGGGGUUUGCCUGUUUUAGCUAGCGGUUUCAAAAGGUGUGAUGGCGGAGGAGGAAGGUGGUGGUGGUGGUGGUGGUUGUGGAGAGAAGAACACGGCCACCGCCAUGCCCACGGCGAUGACUCCAGCUGGCACGCCGCCGGGGUCGGCACCCGGGUCGCCGCAGAAUAAGGUGAAGUUGCUGUGCAGCCACGGCGGGAAGAUACUGCCGAGACCUGCCGAGGGAAUUCUCAAGUAUGUCGGCGGCGAGACCCGCGUCGUCUCUGUCCCCCGGAACAUCAAUUUUUCCGAGCUGAUGAAGAAGCUUGCAGGUUUAUUAGAUGGACACAUUACAGUGAAGUAUCAGCUGAUCCCGGAAGAGCUUGACGUUCUAGUCACAGUAAAAUCCGACGAGGAUCUCCGCCACAUGUUCGACGAGUAUGACCGGUUUGAAGGCGCUGGAACCUCCAAGCUUCGAGUCUUCCUCUUCCCGGCCAACCCCACCACUGUAGCGGACAACCAGGUGAGUUCCAUCGACCCCCAGGCUGUUGAGCAGCGCUACAUCGAUGCCAUCAAUGGCAUAACCCGCCCCGGAGCUGUGGCCAAGAAGCAGCCACACGCUAAUGGGAACCCGUCCCCGCUCGGCCCCUCUUCUGCCGGCUCCUCCCCGAAGUCACCGGAGAGCUGCAUGAUAGACCACUCAAACCAUGAAACCGUCCCACAAAACAGCAACCACCAUGGCCGAGUUGGUCCUGGCAUGCAUAGAGUGAAGAGCUCGCCGAGCAUAUCCAACCUUGCCAGCAACCAGUUGCAGUUGCAGCAGCAGCAACCGCCACACCACCACCACCAACACUGCUACCCGAACUACCAUCAGCCCCAUCAACAGCAGCAGCAGCAGCAUCACCACCAUCACGGGUACCAUCCUCCGGGAGGACAACCGCCUGAAAGGCUGAUGUCAGUUAGGUCCGUGGGGAGAGCGGACUCCUGGAAAUACCAGGUGGUGAUUCCCACCAGCCCGAGCAACCAGUACCCGCCACCAAUAUCACCGGUGGCGGCGGCUAGACAUAACCGGGGAGGUGGUGGGUACUGCAGCAAAUGCACGCAUUGGGAUGACAACGGUGGGUAUAUGGGUAGGAAGUAUGAUAUGACUGAGAGUCGGAGCCCGGCCUAAACCCUAACACCGCCGCCAAGAUUUCUGCCGGAGAAGCUCAUAUUUGAGCCAAUGGUACUAGUAAUGAAGGGACUAACAACUAGCAGCACGCCUAGCGAAGACCAUUGCCAAUUCGGUGAUGGGGUGUUUCUCUCGAUCGCUAUACCUUACUGUAAAUAGUACAUAUAUAGGUCUAAAAGCACUUGGGCUGUUCACCAACUGCCGUUAGUGCUGUUGUGUAUUUCCUAUUAGGAAGGAUUGGUCCGAGUUUGGGACCAAUUUAACUAGUUAAUCCUCCCAUCAUGUCAGGAUUUUUUUUUUUCUUUUUCCUUUUAGACUGAAGAUUUUCAGAUCUUCUACCCUGAUCCUAUGACGGGAACUUCAUGGUACCUCAAACCUUUUUGUUUUGUUGAGGUAUAGUUACAUGAAUUUGAACUCUUAAAUAAUCUUUGUUCAUGAUAAGAUCUUUUAACAAUCUUUUCGGA